CAAAAUAGGACAGCAAGUGGUUUUAUACUCCCACACCGAGACACCACAUAAGUACCUUUUGGAAACAGGCAAUUCUCUUCUAAAUACGGUUAAUUAAACAAACUUGAAUGAUUUCCUAACCAAUAUUAAAUUAAUUGAUUUGAUAAAAGUCAAUCAAUUCAGUGCAAGUGCAUCAUGAUAUCCGUCGACAGGUCCAACAAGGCCUGCAAGCCAAUUAUAACUCUGCCAUUUGGUUACUUUGCCGUUCUAAUAGUUGGCUUGCCAUUCUUUAGUUUUCUAUUUUGUGUAUUCUGCUCCGUGUUGUUCUUUUUUGAAGAAUCAACAUACACUCACUGUGAAGUAUUGAACUACCUUCCGUCCGUUUCAGCUGCAAUUGGCAGAUAUCAACCACAGCGAUUUGUCUGGCAAUUAGCCAUUUGUUUGCAUUUCCUGCCUCGGCUUUAUGUUGCCAAAAUGUAUGCCGAAUAUUACAAAGAAGCCAUAACAAAUGAAUAUUUGGCCAUGGCUCAUUUUGCUUGUUUUCUAAAUGUUUUCGAAAACUUCGCUUUGCUCGGGUUAUCAUUGUGGACUUCGAGUCAAAGCUAUAAAUUGCAUAAGAUUUGUUUCCUUAUUUUCAUUGCAACUAGCGAGGUUUAUAUGCUUAUCUCAUACUUUUUAAAUGAAGACGGAAAACGCAUAAAAAGGCUUAACAUUCAAGAGCGUUUAGCUCGACGAACAAAGGGGAAUUUGUUUGUUAUCAAUCUUAUCGCUUUUGUGUUGGCUGGGUAUUGUUUUAGACGGCACAAUGAUUAUUGUGAACCUGGAGUUUACACACUUUUUGCAUUCUUUGAAUACACUGUUGUGUUGAUUAAUAUGUGCUACCACAUGACUGCCUAUUGGGACUUCUAUGGACGAACUCUCACAUUUGACUGGAAAAAUGGCCUCUCAUGCACGAGAUCUAAGAUUAGUUAGUUUGUACUUAAUUUUAGUUAAUAGACGAAACAUAGUUUAAUAUAUUUUGUUAAUAUAUCUACUCUUUUAUUUGAUAA